CCGGGCAGUGGCUCCUGGAAGAGGAACAAGUGUGGGAAAAGGGAGAGGAAACCGGAGCUAAAUGACAGGAUGCAGGCGACUUGAGACACAAAAAGAGACGCGUUUCUCUCGAAUCAAGGCAUUGCCUCGCGGCUUUCCUUUCCCCAAGACGGACUGAGGAUUUUACGGCUCUAGGAGCAGUUGGAGCGCCUCGGAUUGUUUAGAUUCCCCUCUUUGCUGUGUUUUCCCCUGCACGUUCUCAUUCUCCCGCGUUUGCCUGGGGAUCCGGCGAAGGGAGGAUGGAGAGGGGGCUGCCGCUCCUCUGCGCAGCGCUUGCCCUCGCCCUCGCCCUGGCCGGCGCUUUUCGCAACGAUAAAUGUGGCGGCACUAUAAAAAUUGAAAGUCCCGGGUACCUUACAUCUCCCGGUUAUCCUCAUUCUUAUCACCCGAGUGAAAAAUGUGAAUGGCUGAUUCAGGCACCGGACCCAUAUCAGAGAAUUAUGAUCAACUUCAACCCUCACUUCGAUUUGGAGGACAGAGAUUGCAAGUAUGACUAUGUGGAAGUCAUUGAUGGAGAAAAUGAAAAUGGACGUUUAUGGGGAAAGUUUUGUGGAAAGAUUGCCCCUUCUCCUGUGGUGUCUUCAGGGCCGUUUCUUUUUAUCAAAUUUGUCUCUGACUAUGAGACUCAUGGUGCAGGAUUUUCCAUACGUUAUGAAAUUUUCAAGAGAGGUCCUGAAUGUUCCCAGAACUACACAACACCUAGCGGAGUGAUAAAGUCCCCUGGAUUCCCUGAAAAAUAUCCAAACAGCCUUGAAUGCACUUAUAUUAUCUUUGCACCAAAGAUGUCCGAGAUUAUCCUGGAAUUUGAAAGCUUUGACCUGGAGCCUGACUCAAAUCCUCCAGGGGGGAUGUUCUGUCGCUAUGACCGACUAGAAAUCUGGGAUGGAUUCCCUGAUGUUGGCCCUCACAUUGGGCGUUACUGUGGACAGAAAACACCAGGUCGGAUUCGUUCCUCAUCGGGCAUUCUAUCUAUGGUUUUUUAUACCGACAGUGCAAUAGCAAAAGAAGGCUUCUCAGCAAACUACAGUGUCUUGCAGAGCAGUGUCUCAGAAGAUUUCAAAUGUAUGGAAGCUCUGGGCAUGGAAUCAGGAGAGAUCCAUUCUGACCAAAUCACAGCAUCUUCCCAGUAUAGUACCAACUGGUCUGCAGAGCGCUCCCGCCUGAACUAUCCUGAGAAUGGGUGGACUCCUGGGGAAGAUUCCUACAGAGAGUGGAUACAGGUGGACUUGGGCCUCCUGCGCUUUGUCACUGCUGUCGGCACACAAGGUGCCAUUUCAAAGGAAACGAAGAAGAAAUAUUACGUCAAGACUUACAGAAUAGACAUUAGUUCCAACGGGGAAGACUGGAUCACCAUAAAAGAAGGAAAUAAACCUGUUAUCUUUCAGGGAAACACCAACCCCACAGAUGUUGCCCUUGGAGUUUUCCCCAAACCACUGAUAACUCGAUUUGUCCGAAUCAAACCCAUGACUUGGGAAACUGGCAUAUCUAUGAGAUUUGAAGUAUAUGGCUGCAAGAUAACAGAUUAUCCUUGCUCUGGCAUGCUGGGCAUGGUGUCUGGACUCAUCUCUGACUCCCAGAUUACAGCAUCCAAUCAAGGGGAGCGAAACUGGAUGCCUGAAAACAUCCGCCUGGUAACCAGUCGCUCUGGUUGGGCACUGCCACCUGCACCCCACUCGUAUACCAAUGAGUGGUUGCAGGUGGACCUGGGGGAGGAGAAGAUCGUGAGGGGCAUCAUCAUUCAGGGUGGGAAGCACCGAGAGAACAAGGUGUUCAUGAGGAAGUUCAAGAUCGGGUACAGCAACAACGGCUCUGACUGGAAAAUGAUCAUGGACGACAGCAAGCGCAAGCCCAAGUCUUUUGAGGGCAACAACAACUAUGACACACCUGAGCUACGGACUUUUCCACCUCUUUCCACACGAUUCAUCAGAAUCUAUCCCGAGAGAGCCACUCAUGGUGGACUAGGGCUAAGAAUGGAGCUACUGGGCUGUGAAGUGGAAGCACCUACAGCUGGACCAACCACUCCCAAUGGCAACCCAGUGGAUGAAUGUGAUGAUGACCAGGCCAACUGCCACAGUGGAACAGGUGAUGACUUCCAGCUCACAGGUGGUACCACCGUGUUGACCACAGAAAAGCCUACAGUCAUAGACAGCACAAUACAAUCAGAGUUUUCAACAUAUGGUUUUAACUGUGAGUUUGGCUGGGGCUCUCACAAGACAUUCUGUCACUGGGAACAUGAUAAUCACGUGCAACUCAAAUGGAGUGUCCUCACCAGCAAAACAGGACCCAUUCAGGAUCAUACAGGAGAUGGCAACUUCAUCUAUUCCCAAGCUGAUGAACAUCAAAAGGGCAAAGUGGCCCGCCUGGUGAGCCCCGUGGUCUAUUCCCAGAACUCUGCCCACUGCAUGACCUUCUGGUAUCACAUGUCUGGUUCCCAUGUGGGCACCCUGAGGGUCAAACUGCGUUACCAGAAGCCAGAGGAGUAUGAUCAACUAGUCUGGACGGCCAUCGGGCACCAAGGAGACCACUGGAAGGAAGGACGUGUCUUGCUCCACAAGUCUCUGAAACUCUAUCAGGUGAUUUUUGAGGGUGAAAUCGGAAAAGGAAACCUCGGCGGGAUUGCAGUGGAUGACAUUAGCAUUAAUAACCACAUUUCACAAGAGGACUGUGCAAAACCAACAGACCUGGAUAAAAAGAACACAGAAAUUAAAAUUGAUGAAACGGGCAGCACCCCAGGAUACGAACACGAGGGAGAAGGAGACAAGAACAUCUCCAGGAAGCCGGGCAAUGUGCUGAAGACCUUGGAUCCCAUCCUCAUCACCAUCAUAGCCAUGAGUGCCCUGGGGGUCCUCUUGGGGGCUGUCUGUGGGGUCGUGCUGUACUGUGCUUGUUGGCACAAUGGGAUGUCAGAAAGAAACUUGUCAGCCCUGGAGAACUAUAACUUUGAACUCGUGGACGGUGUGAAGUUGAAAAAAGACAAACUGAAUACACAGAGUACUUAUUCAGAGGCAUGAAGGCGGACGGAGGUGAAAAGACAAGUCAGAGAAUCGAAGGGAAAGACUUACUUUGAGCGUGCUGGGGAACUGUUGAUCUGCUUUCACUGUACAGGCUGGGAAGUGCGUUGAUGACACUGAGCCAGGCUUUUCUCAGGAGCUUCAAUGAGUAUGGCCGACAGACAUGAACAAGUGAGCUGUGUUAACGAUCGGAAUCAUGUACAGUCAGCUUUCUUCUGUUGGUUUAAUUUGAAUAAUCAGAUGCUGGUGUUGAGACCAAGUAUGAUUGACUUAAUGAUUCAUUUCCACUCCCCCUUCUCCCUUCUCUCUCUCCUCUUCCUUUGAUGGAUUCUUUUUGGAAACUGUGCAAAAUCCAAGAUGCUGGCACCAAGUGUAUUCAGUGGGGCCCUUUUGACGGACAUGCUACCUGUACCCCAGUGUCCAGAAUAUAUUAGCAUAACCGCAUUCCGGUGGACUCCUGAAGUUGUUCUUGUGUAUAAUUGCCCACGUCGUGCAUAGGCAAAGAAGGAUUAGGAUGUUUUCUUUUGAAAGUACUGUAGCCUCAGUACCAAUAUAGUGUGUCAGCUCUGUUUACGAAGCAAUACCGUCAAAUUUUCUUGAUGUUUUCCAGUGUUGUACUAAGUCUCGUGCUCGUGAAUUCCAUACAGGAAACCGUGCCAUCACCAAACACUGCUGGCAACUGAGUGUACUGCUGACAACUGCAACAAAAAUCCUUGGCACUGGCUAGUCUAUGUCCUCUCAAGUGCCUUUCUGUUUGUACUGGUUCAUUGUGUUACAUUAACGACCCACUCUGUUUCUCACUGGUGAAAGCCCUACUCUUUAAUCAAACCUGGUGGCCCACUGACCAAGAAGAAAGUAUAUUUUAGUGUGAGACGUCAGCCCCCCGGGAAGGCAAGGGCUCUGAAGAUUUGGCAACGUGGCUUAAUUGUUCUGCUUUGUCUGUAGUUCAAUUUCAUGUCUCUUGACCCUUUUGUAUAAAGCUGCAAUAUUCUCUCUUAUUGUUCUUUCAUAUGGAAUGUAUUUUCAAAUGUAAACUCUUUGCUCUUUUUCUCCUCUGUCUUUUUUUCUCUCCUAGAAUUUAAGCAUUUGCCAUUAUCCAGAAAAGAAACUUGCAGCUUUAACCUGCUGGUAAUGGCAAACAGUUUUACUAGACUUUAUGUUUAAAAAUAAAUAAAUAAGGGAAAUUCCUAACUUUG